CUUCAUCCUAAUCAUAAAGUUUCAAAAGGAUAUCAAUGAAGAGUACAUGAGCCGUGUAUUAAAAUAUUCUGCUUCGGUAUAUGAAAGUUAUAAAAAACAUCUGGUUGUUUUAAUAGUUGAUGUCUUCAGCGUACCCGCGUCAAUAAAUAACAUAUUAGCUCCAGUCGUAAGCCAUUCAUUCCAUAAAGAAAUCUCCAGUCUGUUUUUUGGCAAAGCGUUGUCUUUUAAUAUUAUUAACAAUGUUGUCAACAAUUCAAUCAACUGAACAACUAGAUUCCUUAGCGAUUAUUGGUUUAUUUUUGUGUUUAUAAAAACUUCUUAUAACACAUCUUGUUAGUAGUACUCAAGAGAUAACAAUGAAACUUCUAUACAAGAUAGCUGUGAGCAGCGUUCAACAAUUAAUUGAUAAAGAAGAUGUGUAUUAUGAUUGUCUUUAUAACUAAGUUAAUAGAAAUAAACCAUUAUUUAUUACAUAAAUAAAACUAGUGUAUUGUACUUUAC